AAAGCAGUUUUAAAACUGUAACCCCACUUCCUACAUUCAUACCCAAACCCUCCAAUGUCUGAAAUCCCGCCAACACAAACCCUAACCCCUUCAAUGGACGCCCACGAUUCCUCCGACCAAUCGAACCCAUCGGAAGUCCGGCUAAUAGAAACCCUAACCUCUCCAAUGGAUGCUUGCGAUUCCUCCGACCAAUCGAAUCCAUCGGAAAUUCCUCCCGAUUCCUCCGCCGCCGACACCAACCUGCCGGAGAAGCGGAAGCGGGAGUCCGAACCUGACCCGGAAACACCAACCGACCCGACCCAACCGCAGAAGCAGCAUCCAAUGUCGAAAACGAGCCUCUGCUCGUACUUCCGGAGAUUCGGCGAGUCAUGCAGCCACGGGGAAUCGUGCCGGUACGCUCAUGGAGAGGCGGAGCUCAAGCCACGGCCUGAUAAUACCUGGGACCCCACCUCUGAGCGAGCGAAGAAGUUGGCCAAAACAUUGGAGAAAGAGGCGGCGGCGGCGGCGGAGAAGUGUGGUGUAAUGAUGACCGAUGCGGUGGAGGGGAAUGGGGAGGAAUCUUCUCCUGGUUUAUCUAAAUGCCUCGUUAAUUUACCCAUGAAGUGGAGUUCCGAUAAUUUAAGGAGCUUCCUCACCGAACAGGGAAUUGUGUUUAAAUCAGCCAAGAAAAAGAAAGGGAUGAUUGUUGGAUUUGCUACUUUCGAAAGCGCAGAGAAAGCGAAGAUUGCUGCAGAGGAAUUGGAUGGGAAAUCCAUUGGCAAUAACAGAACUUUAAAGGUCUCGGAUGUCAUUCCACGGCCAUUUGAGAAAAGUAAUAAAGUUGUUUCGGCUCAGAAAUUGGAAAAUACAUCGACAGAUGGUGACAUGAAUGAGUCUGCAAGCAAUGACGAGAAUGGCAAUCUAGUUACCGAUGGUUCAGUUUCAAAGGGUAGAAGUGCACGUGAUGCAGUCACUCCACUUGCUCACAUGUCAUAUUCUGAUCAGCUGGAGCACAAGAAAAACUCUCUGGCCCAAACUCUCAAAAAACUAACUCGUAAUGCACGUAAGGCUUGUCCAAACGGUGUUUCACUUCCAGAAUGGAUUCUGAAUGCUAGAGAAAUAGGCGGUCUUCCAUGCAAGUUGGAGGGUAUUAUUGAAUCACCUCUUGUUAAUGGAUACCGUAACAAGUGCGAAUUCUCCGUUGGAUGUUCCUUUGCAGGCAAGCAUACAGUGGUUUUUACUCGGGAAUUCAGGUUGAAGGAGCCCUAGUUGACUUGUCCAAAUGUUUCCAAAAUUGCCUGCAAAUAUGCCACUGUUUUUCAAGAAUUUCUGCAGCAGCAUUCAGCCUUGCCCGUAUGGAACAGAUUGAACAAUUCUGGAUUCUGGCGUCAACUUACUGUUCGUGAAGGAAAGAAAGAUUGCCAGAUAGUUGAUGUUGACAAUCCCGAAACCAAUAUUUCAGAGGUCCUUCUCAUAGUUCAGGUUUGCACAAAGGGUUUUGAUGACGGGCAGGUGAAAGAUGAACUUGAACGUUUAGCUCAAGCAUUUUCUGUGGGAUCUCCUCCUUUGCCUCUUACAGCAUUUGUAGUUCAGGUAAGAGUCAGAAAGCCAAGUGUAUAUUUUCUGUGGAUUUUGAUUUUGGUAUUUCUUUCAAGAAUGUUAAAAUGCGUACUGGAGAUAACAAAGGAAGUAGAACCAAGAAUUCAGGACCACAUCAGCAAUCUUCGGUUUUCUAUAUCGCCAUCAGCUUUCUUCCAGGUUAAUACGCUUGCUGCUGAGAAGUUGUAUUCACUUGCUGGAGACUGGGCUGGUCUUGGUCCCGACACUUUACUCUUUGAUAUUUGCUGUGGGACUGGGACAAUAGGCCUCACUUUAGCCCAUCGUGUUGGUAUGGUGGUCGGCAUUGAAAUGAAUGCUUCUGCAGUUUUAGAUGCACAGAGAAAUGCAGAAAUUAACGGCAUAAAGAACUGCAGAUUUGUCUGUGGAAAGGCUGAGGAUGUCACUGGGUCGUUGAUGAAAGAGUACUUGUCUUUACCAGAAAAGCCAUGUGAUGAUGUCAGCAUCGCAUCAAAAAACAAAGAGGAGUCUGAAGUUGAACUUGCUGAAGAAAGUAACUCAAGCGUUAACCCUGAAAAUGGGUUUAAUGCAAGUACACGUGCAACAGACGAAACCCAGUUGGAGAAGCAAUGCACCUCGGAGAAUAAUUCCCCACUGCAUCGGUUCAAAAAUGUUGUUGCUAUAGUGGACCCCCCUCGUGUUGGACUUCAUCCCACUGUGAUCAAAGUUAUACGCACACAAUCGCAGUUGAAGAGGCUUGUCUACAUUUCGUGUAAUCCCGAAAGUCUGGUGGCAAAUGCUAUCGAGCUCUGCACACCAUCACCCGACAAUAUCGAGAAAGGAAAUAACAAGAACAACAGGGGAUGGAGAAAUAUGAGUUCGGCUGGUCUUGCUCGACACAGGGCAAAGUCCAUGCCGAGUUCUGAGCCGUUCAAACCCAUGAAAGCAAUGGCUGUUGAUCUUUUUCCCCAUACACCACACUGUGAGCUAGUGAUGCUUCUCGAGAGGUAAUACGCCUCUCAUGAGAUAAUGUACAUCUG